UAUCGGGUUGGGAUAAGUUUGAAUCGGAAAUACCCGAUGAUUUGACCGUAAAUCUGAAACCGUUGGGUGUAUUCAACUCCAGUGCCUAUGCCCACCAAAACGGUCGGCCUGUUGUAUGUAUGUGGGGACUGGGAUUUACUAAUCGACCGAAAGAUACGGCCGGUCUGAUCAGGCUUAUCGAUGCACUCAAACUUGAGGGCUAUUAUGUGAUUGGUGGUGUGCCACGUAAUUAGCGCGAUAUUAGCAACUUUCGGGAGGUAUACUUACGGUUGAACAUGCUACAACCAUGGGCAGUCGGAUCAAUGUCAAGUGUCAAAGGGGCUCAGUUAUAUCAGCCGGUGCUCAAGGCUGACCACGAGUUUCUCGUACAACAUAACAUUGAUUAUCAGCCGGUACUGUAUCCCGGUUUUGCCUGGAGCAAUUGGCACAACACAACCCGUAACGCCCAGCCCCGAUUGCAUGGUGAUUUUAUGUGGCAACAGUUUGUCAAUCUUAGACAACUGGCCAUACCCAGUGCCUAUGUAGCCAUGUUUGACGAGUACGAUGAGGGUACGGCCAUUGCCAAAGCGGCCGAAACCAUAGAGGACAUACCCAGUGACCAGUACUUUCUGACACUGGAUGCCGACGGUGUCCGAGUGUCUGACGAUUUUUAUCUACGACUUGUCGGUGAUGGCAAUCGUAUGAUCAGCGGACAGAUACCCUUCGUUGUUUUUCUUUUCAAUAAAAUCGGUGGUAAAUAUCUUCUCGAAAAUCUCUGAUUGUGAACUGAGAAGUAAUUUUGAAGCAAAAAACUCUGACUUCUGAUCUUCUUUGCCGACAAUCAGUCGACAAUCGGUCAACUCUUUGACAACAAACAAUUGUCUGAAACGAUAUCGAUUUGUGUCAAACAUUUCGUGGACAUUGUAUUUCUUGUGAAUCACUGUUAUAUCAAAACCAACGGUAAGUACGUUGCCAUCAAAUAGCCGGUUCCUAUUGUCGUACAACUGUUGUAUUGUGACAACUAAUGGUAUACUAUUUCGGAAAUUCAUGUGAAAUAGAUAUCUAUUUUCUUUUGUCGCAAACAAUUGAUUGUUGUUGUCAAUGAUUGAUACCGUAAUUUGUACUUCAUUUGGUAAUAAUAAAGUUUUAUUAAUUGUUGACAAUUCUAGAUAUGACAGCAUCUCUUCGUUAUUGAUACGAAUAUGACAGAACCAGUUAUCUGAUCCAAUGGUAAACAUUUUGCUGUCAAUAGACAAGCAUUUCCUGUUUGAUUCAUCGGUGUCCAAAUGUUCUGUAAUGUCCAUCACUUUGAACACCACUCGUGUCUUGUAUACAAUUUUAGCGGUGUUUGAGUUGUCGUUGUUAUCCAUUGCCGAUGACAUUAUCGAUGGAUGUGUUUCUCUGGUUAUAUGAUUUGAUUGAUUUUUUUUGUGUGACAAACAGUUUGAUUGUAAUAAUCAGUUUGAAUU